AGUUGCAGGAGGACUUCCAGAGCCUGAAGAGAUCGGGAGGCCGGAGCUUGAGGUCAGCCAGGAGCCCGGCAGCCCGCCCGGCUUCCUGGCGCUCUUCUGCCGUGAGGAUGUCAAACUACCAUGACAACCCAAACAAAAAGGUAGCCUCAACCCAAACCAAAGAAGGUCUGAAACUCGUGUUGAUAAGUGGAAAUGUUUCAUGUUUCUGUGCCGAUGUCAUUGUCAACACUGUACCCAGAGAUCUUCAGCUUGGAAGAGGAUCACUCUCUCAGUCUCUUUUGUGUAAAGCUGGUCCCAUGCUCCAGACAGAGUUAAAUGCCACCAGACAGGAAACAGAGGAGAAAGUGGGUAGCAUAUUCAUGACAAGUGGCUGCAAUCUGAACUGCAAAGCUGUGCUCCAUGUUGUGGCUCCAGACUGGGAUAAUGGAGCUGGGUCUUCUUGGCAGAUAAUGGCAAAUAUAAUCAAGAAUUGUUUGAUGACUGUAGAACGGCUAUCUUUCUCAUCAAUUACAUUUCCCAUGAUUGGAACAGGAGAUCUGGGGUUUCCCAAAGCUGUAUUUGUUGAACUAAUCCUUUCAGAAGUGUCCAAAUUUAGUACCAGUGCGUGGCUGAAAACCUUACAAAAAGUUUACUUUCUGGUACAUCUCGAUGAUGAUGAAAGCCAUAAGGCAUUUUUAGAUAAAUUCACUAGAUGGUCAAGUGGAAAUCCCAACAAGGAGAGGAUUCUCAUGGUUGGAAAUACCCAAGCAGCCAGGCUUUUCUCUCUCUCCCCGCCUCAGAAGGGGCUGCCGUUAAGCCCCGCCUCUUUGAUCAGGCCCAGAGAUAGGCCUGGAGAUGCUGACUGGCAUAGGAACCAACCAAUCAGAACAAAAGGUAUCUUUGGGACUGUCACUUGCCCUUGGCCCACAGUGCAUGAAAUGAAAAUUGGUGCGAUUACUUUCCAGGUUGCUAAUGGAGAUAUCACAAAAGAAAGUGCAGAUGUUAUUGUAAACUCAACAACAAGGAUGUUUAACCUGAAAUUAGGGGUGUCAAAAGCGAUUUUAGAAGGUGCUGGACCAGCUGUGGAGGAUGAAUGCGCUGUACUAGCGACACAGCCUCACAGAGAUUUUAUAGUUACGCAAGGUGGAUUCCUAUCGUGCAAUAUAAUAAUUCAUGUCCUUGGAGAAAAUGAUGUCAGGAAAUCAGUUUCCAGUGUUCUAGAAGAGUGUGAACAGAGGAAGUACACAUCUAUUGCCCUUCCUGCCAUUGGAACAGGAAAUGCUGGGAAAAACCCAAUCAGAGUUGCUGAUGACAUAAUCAAUGCUAUUGUAGACUUCACACGGAAACAUUCUACUCCAUCAUUAAAAAAAGUUAAAGUUGUCAUCUUUGUAACUGAGCUGCUGAAUGUAUUCUAUGACAGCAUGAAGAAAAGAGAAGGAAUAGCCACAUCACCUACCUUUCAGUCCACGUUUUCCGAGGCUGCAUAUAAUAUUCCUGAAUGCCGGUCUGACAUGAAUCAGCAGCUGUUUUGUGUGACCCAGCUACAACCUGGACAGUCAGAAUAUGACACUGUGAAGAAUAGAUUCUCUCAGACUUGUCUUUCCUACAGAAUAGAGAAGAUUGAGAGGAUACAGAAUGAAUUUCUCUGGCAGAGCUACCAGAUAAAGAAAAAGCACAUGGACAUCAAGAAUGGCCAUAUAGAUAAUGAGAAAAUCCUCUUCCACGGGACAGAUGCACACUCUGUGCCACAUGUCAAUCAGCACGGCUUUAAUCGCAGUUAUGCUGGGAAGAAUGCUGUAGCCUAUGGAAAAGGAACUUAUUUUGCUGUUGAUGCCAGUUAUUCUGCUGAUGAUAGAUACUCCAGACCAGACAGCACUGGGAGGAAACAUAUUUAUGUUGUACGAGUACUUACAGGAGUCUACACACGUGGACGUGAAGGAAUAGUUACGCCUCCACCAAAGAACCCUUACAAUUCCAUAGAUCUCUUUGACUCUGUCACAGAUGAUAUACAACAUCCAAAGUUAUUUGUGGUAUUCUUUGAUAAUCAAGCUUACCCAGAAUAUCUCAUAACUUUCAGAUGUUAAAACAUAGGAUUAAAAAAAACACCUCAGAGGAGAUUUAGUCAUCUAUUUAUGAGAACAAUUUAUAGAAUUUUUGUCUUUGCCUUUGGUUUGUUUAAACAGAUUUUAAAAAUCUCCAUGCUAGGCCUAUAAUGCUGAAAAAAGGUCUUUUUAAAUGCUUUAUUGCAAUUUCUAGCAUAUCUUUCUUCUGAGCAUAUUGAUGGGUGGAAGCUGAGAAAUAUAAAUGACACAAUUAUAGCUACAACUACAGACACCAAAUCCAUAGGAAACAAAGAGAACAUUUCUUUUUCUUCUAUUGGAAAAGAAAUAAGAUGAAUCAUUCUAAAGCCAAGUUGUCAUUGUUCUUAUUGGACUAUGUUAAGACCCCAAACUGUGUUGAGUUAAACCAUACUGUUAAAUGAAUAGGCUGCUAUUGUGCAUCUGUAACAGCUCGGGAUUUUGCCUCCUUAAGAAACUCUUAUUAGCAAUAGAGUGACUGAAUCAAAGAAUAUUAUGUCAACUUUGUUGUGAAACAAAUCAGGUAAAAAUGCGUUGUAUUGCUAUCUAAUGCUACAUAACACAUUACUGCCAAAUUUAGUGUCCUUGUGGGUAAAGAAUUCAGGCAUGGCUUAACUGAGUUGUUCUGACUUAAGGUUUGUCAUGAAGUUGCAGUGAAGAUGAAGGCAGGGGAUGCAGUCAUCUGAAUGCUUUGCUGGGGCUGGACGAUCCGCUUCCAAGGGGAAUCACUCUAAUGGCUGGCAAGUGUUUUGCUGGAUGUUGGCAGGAGUCCUCAUUCCCCCUCCACAUGGGCCUCUCUGCAGGCUGCUUUAGUGUCCUCAUGACGUGGCAGCUGACUUAUUCCACAGUGAGCAACUCAGGAAAGAGAAGGCAGAAGCCACAAUAUAUUUUAUGGUCUAGCCUCUGAAGUCAUACUCCAUCCUUUCUACAAUAUCCUAUUGGUUCCAUGAAUCAGCUCCUUCAAUGUGGGAGGUAUUAAACAAGGCAUGGCCAUCAGUAGGCAAGGAUCAUGGGGACCAUCUUGGAGGUCAUAUGAAUAGGUGAAUGAAUGACAAGUUGAUAAAAUGUUAGCAGUGAAAAGGGCACUAGAGAUCAUCUAGUCCCACUGUCUCCUCGUCUUUCUCCCUUCACCAUCUCCUAGGGCAAAAAGCCCUCUGGCUCUGCUUGACCACUUCCAGCGCGCAGCAUCUUGAGAGAACCUACUAGUAUUCCAUUCCAGGACAGCUCUAAGUAUCGAAAAACUCUUGCUUAUACUGAGUUGAAAUCUAUUCUUCAAUGUCUAUUACCUGCUGAUCACUGUCCUACCUACACUGACACAGAACAUAUCUCAUUUCUUUUAUAGAUGGUGGCCCUUUAGAUUCAUCCCUUAUAUUAGAGUUAGAUAAAUUCUUAAAAUAUUUAGUAGCAUAUUUAUCCUGAAACAUUACUUUUCAAGAGUUGCAGACAUUUAAGAAGUAUUUAUGUUAUCAUAAAUAAAGCAUUAAGGAGUAUAGAAAUGCAUUAAAAAAUCCUCACCAAACUCCAUCACCCAUAAUUCCAAUACUUUGAGGAAACCACUGCCAGUAUUCUUAUGUACUCCCUUCUAGUUUCUUCAUCAACCUUCAAGAAAUUAAAAAUCGCACUUUAUUCAAUUAAAAUAACAUUUUAUUCAAUUACCAAUUAUACAAUACUAUAUCUACAUUUUUCAUUUAACAUUACAAGUAUUUGUCUCAUAUUAUUAAUUUUUCUGUAAACAAUCUUAGUGGUUGAGUUCUGUACUAUAUAUUUUCCUUUUUAUGUAUCAUU